UCUCUAGUGGACACCUAAAGUGGGACUUGAGUGUGUGUGCAUGUGUGUGUGUGUGCAAUUAACUCACAUAGUCUUUAACAUUCACACAAGAUGGCGAUGGAGUGGAGGGAGACUCAGCUCCCCUCUUAGAUGUUCUUCUGCUGGACAUUCGAAGAGCCCUGCUUUCCCCCCCCUGGAGAUUUUAAGGGUUUACAUGGCGCUGGAGGACUUGCUUUGUCUCGGUUUUUUCUCUUUGACCUUCUGUGUCCUGGCUGUGGAAGGGAAACUGUUGCAGGGGGAUUCUCUGGAGCUGAGCUGCAGGGCUGCCUCUGCAAAGGUGACAUUAGAGCCGAGCCAAGCCGUGGUGUUGGACUGUAACCUGGCUUCUGUCGAGCAGCUGAUCAAUAUCACAUGGAAGAAGAAUGGGUUCCCAUUAGUGGAGCAGGAGCACCUUCAUCUGCUUCCAAAUGGAUCACUCUUCAUAUCGUCCCCGGCUGCUGCUAAGGAGAGUAAAUAUCCUGAAAGGACUGGCGCAGAGGGUAAUUACUCCUGUGUCUCCCAGAGCUCCUUAGGCGCAGUUGCCAGUCAAACGGCUGCAAUUAGAUUUUCAGGUUUAUCACGUUUUUUUCAGCAGCCAGAGUCUCAGACAGUGGAAGAAAAUGGUAUGGCCCGAUUUGAGUGUCGGAUCGAAGGAUUGCCCUCCCCUGUCAUCACCUGGGAGAAGGAUCAAGCGGCUGUUCCUGCAGAGCCCAGGUUUAUAACUCUUCCUAAUGGCAUCCUCCAAAUCGUAGAUGUGCGGGAAAGCGACGCUGGGGCCUAUCGCUGCGUAGCGACUAACGCAGCACGGAAACGCUACAGUGACGAUGCUAUUCUUAGCGUCUUAAAAGGUUCCCAGCCAGCAGUGACUCGAGAUGUCGCUAUUGUUGCUGCUCCGGAGAACACCACAGUGGUGGUUGGAGAGAGUGCAGUGAUGGAGUGUAUGGCCUCUGCAGAUCCCACCCCAUUUGUCUCUUGGAUACGACAGGAUGGGAAACCUAUUUCCACAGACGUGAUUGUGUUAGGCCGGACCAACCUCCUAAUUCCUCAGGCCCAGCCCCAUCACUCUGGGGUAUAUGUCUGUCGGGCGAACAAACCCCAGACCAGGCAGUUUGUUACAGCUGCGGCUGAGCUCAGCGUCCUUGCACCUCCCAGCAUCUCCCAGUCUCCCGAAACCAUUUCCCGCACCCGUGCCAGCACUGCCAGGUUUGUGUGCAAAGCAGCAGGGGAGCCAGCCCCCGUCAUCCACUGGCUGAAGAACGGAGAGCCCAUCCUGUCCAAUGGCCGGGUGAAAAUUCAGAGCAGUGGCAGCCUGGUUAUCAACCAGAUCGGGCUGGAGGAUGCUGGCUAUUACCAGUGUGUGGCGGAGAACAGGCUGGGGAUGGCAUGUGCCACGGCCAAGCUCUCGGUCAUUGUGCGGGAGGGUUUGCCGAGUGCUCCCAAGAAGGUGUCAGCAGUCUCCCUGUCCAGCACCACUGUCUUAGUGUCCUGGGAGCGUCCAGAGUACAACAGCGAACAGAUCAUUGGCUUUUCCCUGCAUUAUCAGAAAGCCCUGGGAACUGAUAAUGUGGAAUACCAGUUUGCUGUCAAUAAUGAUACCACUGAGCUUCAAGUGAAAGACCUGGAACCCAAUACCAAUUAUGUUCUCUACAUGGUUGCGUACUCCCAGCUAGGAGCCAGUCGGACGUCCUCUUCCAUUAUCGUGCGGACACUGGAGGACGUUCCCAGCUCUGCUCCUCAGCUGUCUCUGUCGAGUACGACCCCAGCCGACAUCAGAGUGACGUGGCUGCCUCUCCCUCCGGAGCUGAGCAAUGGGAAGAUAACGAAAUAUAAAAUUGACUACUGCACCCUCAAGGAAGCAGAUCAGAUCUCCUCCACCGAGGUUGGUGCGAAUGAGACACAAAUCACCCUUGAGUCGCUCCAUCCCAAUAAAGUCUACAAAGUGCGCAUUGCAGCCAGCACCAGUGCAGGAUAUGGUGCCCCUUCAGAGUGGACGCAGCAUCGUACUCCUGACAAGGACAACCAAACGCACGUUCCGUUUGCCCCGACAGAAUUAAAAGUCCGAGCGAAAAUGGAAUCCCUCCUGGUCACAUGGCAGCCCCCAUCCAACCACGCCCAGAUUUCAGGCUACAAGCUGUACUACCGGGAAGUGGGCACGGAAGAGACAAGUGACGAAAACCCCUCUGAUGGCACGGAAGAGGAGAGCUGGGAUGUGGGGCCCAUAAAGCUAAAGAAGAAAGUGAAGCAGUAUGAGUUAACUCGACUAGCCCCAGGGAGACUCUAUGAGGUGAAGCUGGUGGCUUUCAAUAAGCACGAAGAUGGCUACGCAGCUGUGUGGAAGGGCAAAACGGAAAAGGCACCAGUGACCGCAGUAGACCUUCCGGUUCAGAAAGGCCCCCCACUCCCCCCAGCCCAGGUCUAUGCAGAGUCCAACAGUUCGACCUCGAUUUGGCUCAGGUGGAAGAAACCAGACUUCACGACGGUCAAGAUCGUCAAUUACACCGUGCGGUUCAGCCCUUGGGGACUGAAAAACGCCUCUCUUGUCACUUACUACACAAGUUCAGAUGAAGGUAUUCUCAUCAGCGGAUUGAAACCUUAUACCAAGUAUGAGUUUGCAGUCCAGUCUAAUGGAGUUGGGAUUGACGGACCAUUCAGCAGCGUGGUGGAGAGGUUUACUCUUCCUGACCGGCCUUCAACGCCACCAUCUGACCUCAGGCUGCAUCCAAUCAACCCAUACGCCGUGCAGGUGCAUUGGUGUCCUCCAGUCGAACCCAAUGGCAUCAUCGUGGAGUAUGUCAUUCUGUAUAAUGCAAACAACACGCAGCCUGACGACAUGUGGACUCUGCUGAGGAAAGAAGGAAAUAUUUUCAGCACCGAGGUGCAUGGCUUGGAGAGCGACACCAGGUAUUACUUCAAGAUGGGAGCAAAGACCAUUGUAGGAUCCGGGCCGUACUCGAACGUAAAGGACGUGCACACGCUUCGUGAGAAGCUGUCAGAUGUUCUGGAUAUCCACUCGGUCACUGGGAUCAUCGUGGGAGUCUGCUUAGGCCUCCUCUGCAUACUCUUCUGUAUGUGUGCCAGUUUCCGCAGCAGCAAGCAGAGGGAGGCUCUGCCAGGCCUGGAUUCUCAAGCAGCCGGGAAUCACAGCUCCUAUCACCGGGGCAGGCAGGGACCACCCAGGCCCAGCACCAAGUCUGAUUCUCAUGAGCUGGAAUCCCUCAUGUCCCCACUCUCUGAAGAGGUUCCCUUGCCCCUGAUGGACAUCACGGAGCUGACGGAAGUGCACAGCCUCAUCAACACCAGCCUUCUGGAUGACGGCAUCCAUGGGAUAAGAAAGUCUACAUGGAAUAAAUCAGUUAAUCAGAAAUGGACAAGAUGUGGAGAUGCCAUUACAAAAGAGCCUACUGCUGCUGUGAAUGGAACACUGAAGGCACCCUCUACUGCAGGACAAAAGCUUUUGCUACAAGCCCUGGUGUACAACGCUGUUACGAAUGAAGUAAUGAAAAAUCAACCACCCAUCAGCCUCCAUCAAGUGGAAGCCGAGGUCAUCGUCCAUUCUGAUUUCUCAGCCUCUGACAGAGACUGUGACUCUCAGCUUCACACGCUGGACACUGAAGAAAUGGAUCCUGAGGACCACAACCCAGAAAAUGUCCCCUCUGAUGAGCACUCCCUUCACACCUCAGCAAACGCCAAGCAGAAUGUCAGCAAAGCGUUAGUGGUCUGCCAAGGCAAACCUGAGCUUCGGACCCAGGAUGCCUUGUUAAGUACUGACAGAAAGACAAACAAAAUGGAAGCUGUCGGCCCUCAUGGGCUCACCAAUGGCUUCCACAGGCACGGAGAAAGUAUGGACUCUAUGGAAAGUGGGGAUUCGGACUGUCUUCAAGAAGUCAGAGGGAACGUACAGCCAGUCAAGUGCCAAGCUUUUCCCACAGGCCAGCAGGACGCCCCUCUGUGUAGUAUCUCUGCGCUAAUCAAUUCAUCCUCAGCAUCUGAGAACGUGACGCAUGUCCAUAACCAUUAAAGAGGAAAUUAAUCUGAUUUUGACCAUGGGAGAGCUAGAAGAAGUAGGUGUGAGUUACUGGGGGCCAGAUCCGGAGAGAUAGUGUGUGCCCUCAUCUCGCAGUGAAUUCGAUGGGGGGAAAGAGGGUGCUCAGUACCUCAGAGGCUCAGGUUCCUAGACAGGUGAACAGCCCUAAAUACACACAAAAUAAAUCAAUGUGUAGAUUGCUGUGGGCGCAAUCCAACUCCCAUUGAAGCCACUAAAACAGAACCAUCUGCCCUCAGCCUGUGCCAUUUUUUCCUUUUAUUCCAUGAUGGGGAGUGCCGGGAUGUUUGUCACGGUGGAAAGUGGGAGAAUACAUUAAGCGUAUCUUCUCCAAUGUUGCUCUUCACCAGGGAGGGCCCUCUUCAGCUUUGCCAUGGGUUUUGCAAAGCAGGCACCCAAAGGGGUUGAGACAAACACCAGCCGAAAGGCAAUUAGCCGUAACCAGCUGCCUUCUCCGCUCGCCCAUGGUUAAAAUGAUUUUAAUGAUCCCUUUGUACACUACCACAGUAAAUAUUACUAGCAGGCUGAUGUAGUGGCCUUUUAUUACACACUCUGCGAGUGUCUCUAACAACUUGUACUAUAUAGAACCUUCUCCAGCACCUCGCUCACUUCACCAAGCUGGACUCUGUGUUACGUAGGUUCUUGUACCUAUGGUUUUAGGUACGUCUCUCUCCUUCUAAUGUACGACAAUGUAUUUUUAUUUCCUCGGAGCAUCUUUAUAUUAUUUAAUUUUAUAAAGUGGAGUAGAGUGUGGUCUAGAGUAGCAUUUUUACUACUUCUCUCUUUAUUUUUUCCUCCUUAACAACGCAACUACCUCAUGUCUGUUGGAGAAAAAAAAAAGCAGUAGAUUGACUCUUUUGUUAUAGUCCAUUUUAGUUUUUAACUUAUUCUUAUACUGCCUUUUUCUAAAGAAUAUGUUUGCACUGGUUGUUGACUAUUUUUUAAUGAAUAGUGCUGCAGGUCUGAAGUCUCGCUCUUUCGUUUCUUUGGAAUCCGUUACGGCAGGACCACCUGCCCUAGGACGGGCGCGUUGGGCGUGUUUGGCCGUAUAACCACGUGCUGCACAAAAAGGCCAUCUCCGAUGGGGCGAUGGUCAGCAGCAUUUUGUUUUUAGGGGCCUGACACUGGUAAAGAAAAUGAAGAGCUGCCGUUUUCAAAUGGGAUUUGGGGACCGUCAGUUUGUUAGGGCCCAGCUUGAGACUUAGAAUCAUAGAAGGGUAAGGUUGGAAGGGCCUCAGGAGGUCAUCUAGUCCAAUCCCCUGCUCAAAGUAGGACCAACACCACUUUAAAGAGACCAGAUUGCCUGAGGGUGGGUACUCAAUAGUGUCUGAAAAUCAGGUCCCUUUAAAGUGGCUCAAAUUCAGCAGCCAAAAUCACAAGUCGCUUCUGACAAUCUUGGCCAAAAUGGAUUAUUAGGCUCGGUCUAGCCUUCGAGUGGGGGCGUCUGCUUCCCUGCUCGAGGAGACUGACUUACUCUGAGACAACCCGUGCCGGCUGAUGCGGGGGCAGAGUGAGGGCAGCCGGCUUCAACAAUGUUGCUGAGCAUACUCCAUUCAUGCGAGCAUGCUCAAUACAAGCCAAGCUGCAAGGGGAAAGGGCAGGGGAAAGGGGGCAUAUGACCCCACAUGCCUUCCGCCAUGCAUCAGCUCUGCUUACACUAGCUGCCAUAAAGCUAGAAACCUAAAAAUGGAGUGUAGCCAUGGGCAGGCGAGCUGUGGGAGGAGCUAGCCUUCCUGACUACAGACCAAUGGUGCAAGCUCACGUAGCUAGCCUGCUGCACCGCACUCUGCUCCAUUUUUAGCAUACUAGGUUGAUGGGUUGUCUCGUCAUGCUGGGAUUCGCACUCACUGCUCAGAGCGUGGACAUCCCCUUUAAAGGACAGGGCCACGUUAAAAAAAAUUGUUCUUUCUUGUUCAAAUAGCACCUUGAAUGAUCCCAGACAGACUUUAAAUAAUCUCAUUUAUUCUUCUGACUGAGGGCGUUUCCCUCCGCUUGACCCAUUGAAAAGAAAGGAGUCAGUUUCCCUUAAUUCCUACCCUGUCUUGGGUCGCUUUCAGAUUCUCAAAAUGCAACUCUGAAUAGCGAACACUGCAGACUGGGCCAAAUCCUGAGAGGUGCUGAGGAUCUGCACUUCCCAUUGAAUUCAUUGGAGAUUGUGGGAGAUUUCUUAGGAUUUAGCCAUUUGUUGGUUAAACAGCGAAGCAAAACAAAAACAACAACAAUAAAACCCCAAACCCUGCUUCCAUUGGAAUUAGCCAGAAAAACAUCAUGGAGACCUUUGUGUUGAGCUGAGGCUUUGUAAAAAGUUUUUACCUCUCAGUCCAGAUUGUGAUACAGGAUCACCCUUGCGAGCAAAGGGUGACCCUGUACUCCACAGGCAGCCCUGUUAGCUACUCAAGAUGCCACUUCAUGCAAGAGUGUUGCAGUUUGGCCCUGUAACUGGAGCUGAGUUGACCUGACUGAAUCCCUUUAAUUCAUCAUUAUUUACUUGCGAAAGGUCCCGUUGGCAGUGACUGUCAUGGACAAAAGUCUGCAAAGGCCCCUGUUUCCUCUAUUUUGUUAACGUGGAUGAAUAUGAAGGAUGCCUUCCUCUCCCAUCAGCUCUGACAGUGUAGAGGGAGGGGACUCUCCCAUCCUGCAGUGUUUUCUCUUUCCAUGGUGCGGGCCGGUAACUCCCAUUCAUGUUCAUGGCAUUUACUGGUGCCUGUCAAGGAAAGAAUCGGAUCCCUCUUGGGCGGCCCGAUCCUGCCCUGCCUACUCACUUUGCCUCCAAGUGGAACCCCGUGUGUGUGUACAGUGAUAGGAUUGUACUACAAAGGCCCUGUCCAACACCCAUUCAAGCCAAUGGACCAGGCCCUGGUAGGCUCUAACCUGAGUCUGAGGACCUUGCUUUCCCCUGCCUUUGGGGCACCCUUCUCUAGCAUAUAACUUCUGUCCCCGGUACCACCAGUGGCCUCUGUCACAGCUUUGUCUUCCCAUGCCCUGCCCUGCCCCAAAGAGGAGCCCAGAGUAGCCUCUUGAAUGCCAGUCCAUGAGCAGCCACAAAGUGGUAUGAAAGGUGACCUCCAUUUGCAUCCCACCUACCUUGCUCCCAGCGCCACCCACACCGAAGGAGCAAGAGGGUGAGGACAUGUCUGUACAGAGAGUUACUGUGCGGCAAGCUGGGGUGUCCAUCUACAGCGCCCCAGCCUGGCCAUGUGGACCCUGCUACCCUGUGACCCUGCUUUGCAGUAGCUACACGCACGGCAGCCUAGAAUGCUACACGCCAGCUUGCUGCUCGCUGCCUCUCCAUACAGGCAAACCCUGAGAUCCCUGUUGAACAGACCCGUCAUUCAUCACCAUCAUUUGUUAGACCCUCCGGAAUGCCCACCCCAAGACCAUGGGAUGGCAGAGUCAGUGAAGGGGGCUGUCAUGCUCAAGGACUAAAUUUAAAAAAAAAGUCGCUCUGCUAUUCCAAAAUAGCCUUUUUCGAGACAUGUGGUCUGUGCCUGGUUCCAAAUGAGGCCUCCACCUGGCUUCCUAUUAUAUGGGUGGAAAUUUCACACUCACCCAAUUUUGUGAGGCAAAUAUUUGCAGGUGCAACUGUCUACAGUGUCAUGUGGGAUAGCAGCUGCCAAUCAUGUCUCAUUGACCUCAGCCAUGCCUACAUUUCUUUCCAUGUCGAUAGGUUUUAAAUUAACUGGAACCACUCAGGAAAUAGCCCUAGCUGUCAAUACAGCCAUUGCAAUGGAAACGUGUGCUCGGUGAGCAGCAGCAGUCAAAGGAGAGGAGGUAGGGUCAGGGGGAGCGGGGAAGCAAAACCAGAUGUUAGGCUAAAUUAAGAAAGGGAUAGGGAAUAAUGCUGGAAAUACUGAGUGCCAUUGUCAAAUCAAUGAUACUUACUCUGCUUGGAGACAGUGUUCAACUCUGGAUCUCCCUGCUCAGAAAGCACAGGAGAAAUGGAAGGAGUGCAGAGAGGAGCACAGAACAGGGUAAAAGGUUUCGAGAGAUUAGAACAAGAUGCAGCAAUAUACAGUUGUGGUGAAAAGCUCACCGUUUCCCAUAAAUAACGAAGAUUUGCUGCGACCUAACCUCCAUAUUUGUAGUACUCCCUUUACUAAGGUAGGGAAAGUAGAGCAGAUGCUGCUUAAUAGCAACCUUGAUAUUAACGAUGUCCGGUUAAUAGCAACAUUUUGCUGGGAACCAGUCCUGUCCCAUUGAUUUUUCAUGUUAAUGAGAUGCAGAUACUAGCAGCGGCACGUCGCUUACUGAGAACUGCUUUUGGAGGAAAGGCCCCAGCCACAAGCGAGUUUGUGAGGCUGCAGACAAUGAAGGAAACUCUGGGACUGCCUUCCCUGGCUGCAGCCCUGCAAACCUGCCUUAUUGGCAACAGCCAGAGAAUGGCCAUUUGUGGCUGGCCACGGAAGAGUUGCUAGUGAAUGGAAUCUAGUGUAGAGGAGUUGUGCACAUAUUGCACUAUUUACUUAGCUUAGUUAAAGUUGGCACCUAGUUUAGCGAGGGGCAGAUCUGAGGGGAUGCGAUACAGGUAUUUAAACAAAGAGUAGCCUAGAAAAGGUUAGUUGGGACCUCCUCUUCAUGUAUUCAUAUAAUACCAGAGCAGGGUGACACACACAGCACCCACUUUGAAGUGGAUGAAAGGAAAUGCAUGCUAAACAAUGAUUACUCUGUGGAACUCACUGCUACAGGAUAUUUUGCUAAGAGCUUAGUAGGCUUGAAAAUCAAAAGAUUAAACAUUUCCAUGGACAAUAAGAGCAACCCACAGUUACAUUAGUUAGGAUAAAAAUACAU